AGAGGGGGGUUACCCCUAUUACAUACAUCAUCAUACAAUGCAAAUGCAAAUCGAAUACUUUCUAAUGCAGCUCCUCGAUAUUAUUUCAAUAAACAUGCUGGAAGCAAUGCUAAUCCUAUGGGACCACCAUCUGGUCCUCCACGGACUUUGAAACGCAGGCUAGUGACAUCUAACUCCACCAAGCCGGAGUCUUCUUCUGGCGGAAGACCUGGGCCUAAAGUCAUAGCCAGUGAUUCUGCAGUGGACACUACUCAGGGCAUGUGCACGCCUAGGAACAGGCCCAACGCUCUCAGAUAUAUCAGCAGUAGUAGCAGAGGUGGUCAUAGUGGCAACAGAUCUGCACGGUCUACGAGUACAUCAGUAGUUGAUGCUAGUGUCAUUCUGGCAAUAUCUGAAGGCAGAGGGAUGGCUAGAGGUGAAAUAGGUAUAGCAGCAGUAGAUCUCAGACAUCCGCAUCUGGUACUCUGUCAGUUUAGCGACACUCUCCUUUAUACGCAUACUUUGACGAAAAUCAAUUAUUUCAACCCUGUAGAGAUAAUAGUACCUCACACGUUUUGUGAAGGAGUGAAACCCAAUCAGUUGUACCAGUUGAUAAGAGACACCUACCCCCUGGUAAAUCUGACCACUGUUCAACGUAGGCAUUUCAACGACGCGGCUGGAAGACAACAGAUACAGACUCUAUGUGCGCCGCAAUACAGUGCUGUGUAUCUGCAAGUCCAUCAGAAAUUUUACGCAUUAACGGCGGCUGCGGCAGUUUUAAAAUAUGUUGAGUACAUCCAAUGCAUAGUAUUUAUGCGAGAAUCCUUGAAGAUAGAAUAUCAUUCUUCUGAAAAUACUAUGAUCAUCGAUUUCGGAACCUCAACUCAACUAGAGUUGGUUCAGCCUCUGGACCCAUCAGCUGGGGCUACCUGUUGCCUCCUAGGCGUCCUUGGUCCCACGUACACUAUUGGUGGGAUUAGGGCCCUGAGGGCUUGUAUACUUCAACCGUCGUGUAAAAAAGAAUUUAUCGAAAAUAGACUCGACGCGGUCCAAGAUCUAAUUGAAAAUGUAGACGGGCUGAUGUCAGAUUUACAGGAUGUAAUUAAGAAACUGUCAGACGUAGACAAAAUUCUUCUCCUCUGCAUGGAAACAUCGAAUCAAACCAUGGACAAGCUGGGAGAGGCGCAGUUGAAUCAAAUGCUGUUAUUGAAGACGACGAUGGACAUCGUGCCACAAAUAGUGGAGGCACUGGCCUCGGCGAACAGCGGGAGGCUUUUAAAAAUCAAAUUGGAUUUAGAAAACCCAAACUACCAACAAAUAGCUGACCGAAUUCGAAGUAUCAUACAAGAAGACGCCCACCUUGAAAAAGGCGCUAUGGGCAGUUUGCAGCGUUGCUUCGCCGUAAAACCCCAAAUCAAUGGCUUACUCGACGUAGCCAGAAGAACAUACUCCGAACUCAUAGAUGAUAUACAGAAAAUGGUUGAACAAUUGGCUGAAACAUACGAUCUGCCUUUACGACUAAAUCAAAACGUCAUGAAGGGUUUUCACAUAGUUCUUCCUGUUGCACCCAAAAAUAGGCGAAGUUUCAGCGUGGGUGACCUGCCUGAAAUAUUUAUACAGGUGCACAACAGUGGUGCUAGUGUCAGCAUGACGACAGAAGAACUGGUCGUAUUGGACCAACAAGCCAAAGAAUCUCUGAAAGAAAUACAGAGAAUGAGCAAUAUAGUAAUCUCAAACCUCCUAAAAGAACUUCGUCCCUUCAUGUCGAGUCUUUAUACCCUGUGUGAAAACGUUGCGGAACUUGACAUUUUGUUAGCAUUUGCACAGGCAAGUUCCAUUAGUUCGUACAUCCGUCCUGACUUCGGCAACUAUUUGGACAUAAGGAACAGCGUACACCCACUUCUAGAUUACAACAGUCAAGUAAUGCCGGUACCAAAUGAUAUUUACGCAAGUCCAGAGCAAAAUUUUACGAUUAUAACUGGCCCUAACAUGGGAGGUAAAAGCAUCUACAUAAAACAAAUUGCAGUCCUUCAAGUCAUGGCGCAGUUGGGCUGUUUCUUGCCAGCAACCAAUGCAGUGGUGAGAUUGUGUGAUCGCAUAUUCUCAAGAAUCGGUUUCAAUGAUAGCGUUGAGUUGAAUGCUUCAACCUAUGUAUUUGAAAUGAAAGAAAUGCAACACAUAUUGAGAAGCCUUACAUCGUCAAGCUUAGUCAUUAUAGACGAGUUAUGCAGAGGAACGUGCACGGAAGAAGGCACGAGUAUAGCGUGGGCUAUUAGCGAAGAACUCCUUAUAAGCGACGCAUUUACGUUUUUUACUACACACUUCAUAUAUUUGACAAGACUAAAGGAUUUAUAUUUCAACGUGGUCAAUUGUCAUACUGCGGUCGCUGAAGAGAACGUCCCCGAUUCACAAGAGACUCAAAAGAGACUUAUAUAUCAACAUAAAAUUGAACCAGGUAUAACAACUAUAGACCGCUACGGCUUAGCAUUAGCUGCUAAAACAAAUUUGCCACAAGAUACAGUCAAGUUAGCUGUAGAACUUGCUGAGCUUAUUACUCAAAGUCGACAACCUCAAGAAAUAAGGGCACCACAAAAAUGUGACGAAGAAGUACUCUAUCAACUGAACGCAGACUUGCAAUCAAAAUUGCGAAGAAAUGAAUUGUCCGAUGAACAAAACAGACAAUUUUUACGAAACUUCAAAUCUGAACACCCAAAUUCAGUAGAACGUUUACGGAUUCAAAGAGGCCAAAGCAAUAAUACUAGGACAGAUAGCAGCGCUCACAAUUCAACUGGUGUUAAUUCUAAACAAAUAGCAUUUUCGUCUGAUAUUAAUACAUCUACAAUCAAAAUAGUUGAGGAACAAAGACCCAAUAAAAUUGUACCGAAUCAAUCUCCCGUCAUAUACAGUAUCGAUAAUGGUAGAGUCAUAAAAGAAAAACCAAAUGGUUCAAAUUAUACUACAGUCAAAUCUUCUGGACAAUUACUCAAUUCUGUUAUACAAAUGGACAAAGACAUAAACGACAACAUUUAUACUCAGGACGAAUUUCCUGAUGUAAUUAUAUCCAAUCACGAAAAAAAUCGCAGUAUAGCUGGUUCUCAGAGAGACAGUAUGAAACUCUUCCAAUAUAAUGAAAACGUUAAAAGUCAGGAAAAUAAUGAAAACACAAGACAGUCAGAUAGUAAGAACGAAACAAAAUCAAUUCAAGAAAUGAAUGAAACUUAUUUUGAUAGUGACGACGAUUCAGACAUCGCCGAAGCAGCCACUCAAAUUUUAGAAGAAUAUUCUAUAAUGGACGAGAGUAACGAUUCUGUAAAUAGCGACAUAUCUGUAGAUGAACAACUGAUGAGAGAAACCGUGGAAGAGAUCAACGAAGAAAUAACCAGUGGUGUGUCUGUUGACAAUAUUGUACUUACACCUCCGAUGGAUUUUCAAUAAUUACAAAUAUUUAAAUGAAAAAUGUUUUUUAUCAACUUUGUGCAAUAAAAAAAUAUUGAGUUGCUUGCUUUUAAAGAUUCUAAUUAGAAGACUCAUUCAUGUAUUAGUCAUGAAUGGUUUUUAAAAAGUACCUAUUUAAGGAAACCAUUUUACCGUCGUUAUUUUAAUAUCGAUUUCGAUUCUUCGAUCGAUCGAUUGAUUCGAUUUUUGACCUCUUGCUGUUUGAUCUUGGGUCACUGAUAUACUUAAUACAUUUCUGAGAGAAUACUUAAGUUUUGACUUUAAUAUUGUUUUCAUCAGGAGUCAAGUUCAAGUGUUUAUUUUAAUAAAGGUACUUGAUGAUGAAAAAAAUAAAA